AUCUUGGAUUCAAGGGAAGCAAAUUCAUCUCGGUUACUAACCGUUUAUUGCCAACUUCCGGGAAGUUAAUGGUCGAAUGUAAUCGGUGGACAAAACUGAUGGAUGUGAAUGGAUCUGCAGUAGACGAGCCACACCUUGCUUCAGUUGCAAUGGGUAGUCCACUUCCACUAUUUGAUGGUGGGCGCAUUGACCCAAGCAAGAGUCGGUUUCCUCACUGUAUAGUCUGGACACCAAUACCUUGCCUUACAUGGCUUUUCCCCAUCAUUGGUCACAUGGGGAUUGCCAUGACUUCAGGUGUGAUUCGUGAUUUUGCUGGUCCAUAUUUUGUUUCGGAAGAUGACAUGGCAUUUGGACAACCAACCAAAUAUUGGCAGUUGGAUAUAAGUCAGUUGAAAGGGGGCAAAGACACCUGGGACAAAGCUGUUUUUGAUGCUUCUGAAGAAUACAAGGAACACAUGCACAACCUCUUUUGUGACAAUUGCCAUUCUCAUGUGGCUUUGGCCCUUAACCUUAUGCAUUAUAAUGGCAGCAGCAAUUGGAACAUGUUCAAACUUGCCUUCCUUAUGUUGAUCUAUGGCAAAUAUGUCAGUUUCUGGGGUUUUGUAAAGACAUGGCUGCCAUUCCUUAUCCUUAGCAGUGUCAUUCUGACAGUGGUGCUUGUUACACAGCUUCACUGAACCACGUGUCCCAAAUCCCAAAUUUACCCAGUGAGAUACCAUCAUAGUAUAUAGGACAAAAAGUCUGACAUGUUUCAAUAUAGCAAAAUGCAAAGUGCUUGGGUGGACUGGGAAUUUUUAAUUAGCACAAGUGUUAUUUGUGAUGUGUUAUUAUUCAUCAUAAUUUCUUAUUUCCGUCUGUUGUUAGACAUAGCAUUCUUUUGGUGAGUGACAUGAGGGUGUGUGCUUGUGUGCCUACAUAUGUGGAUUAUGCAUUUCAUGGGGGUAUGAAUUUUUUCCUAGUAUCAUGGAAUAUUUCUGUCCCGACAUGUAUUAACUCCCUUUAGGUAGGUUUUGCAUUGUAAUCAGUGGGUUGCAAUUGCUGUCAAUUCUGUCCUGAUAUUAAAAUUAGAUGUAUAUCUUAACAAUCUGUAUAUAUUUGUAGUGCUGUAAAUAAAGUGAAAAUUUCCUAGAAUGUUGUCGCUUAAUUACUUUAGGGAAUAUUCAUUCUUUUGUGAGGCUGUGUAUUUAUUUCUUGUUUACACCUGCAAUAUCUUCAAGUGUUCACCUUUUGAUCUUAAGAAUUUAGAACCUCAUUAAAGUUGAAGCAUUACUACCCCUUCACUCGCAUCUUUUUCCUUCAAACAUCAUCUUCUGAAACUUUCUUAGCUGAGUGAGUUUCAAAAUUUAUAUUUUGAAGCAACAAUAUUCACCCUUCUUAUGCAUAAGUCAAUAAUCAAUAAGUCAAUAAUAAACCAAUUAAAUAUAUCUGAAAUAAAACAAAUAUUAAGGAUUGAA